AGCACGCUGCUCUACAUCAAACAGCAUAAAAGUCUCGUUAUGUAUUUUCCUGCCUCGCUUGCAGGAGUAAAUCUUGAUUACUGCACGGGAAUAUGCACAGAGCUGCGCGAGGACGCCUUCCCGCAAAGACUGUGCUUUCAUCACUAUAAUCAGCUGCCUAACUACUCGCUCGUAACAUUUUUGGCUUUUUCGCUGCUCGGGUGAGAAGUGACAGGAGUGUAGACCACUCCUCUGUUGGGCGGGGCGUGCAUUUCAUUUUGUAUUUUGUGUGUGUAUUUUUUUUCUCUCUCCCCCCUCGUGUUGCCUGCUCUGACACGUCUGCACUGAGUGAGUGGCAUUGGCACACUGUCAAUCGCUCACUAUCAAACAACAUAAAACACACACAGGCACACAAGCUGCAGCUCAUAAAUUUUAGCAAGGCAUGAUCUUUUUUUUAUUUUAGUUUAUUUUUGGCGCAUCGCUUUAUUAUACAGCGCUGCAUCCUUAUUCAUUUCCGAUCCUUGUUGCUUUUUUUCUAAACAGCAUCUCGCAACUUUUUGUGCAUUCUUUUUUCUUUUGUAUUUAAAACUAUUCGGACACUACUGUAUUUUCUCAAUACAUGGACUUCAUUCCUGCACUAAGGUUUUUUAUUUUUAUUUUACAAAGAAUUGUUUGCAACGUUGGAUAUUUUUGCCUCCCGAUGAGGAUUUUUGAGAGGAGAUGCACCGGUAACCCCACGAAGAGCGCCAAUAAAUGAGAGAUCACCAAAGGAGCAAUUGUUUCCAAAGCCGUCAAAUCCCACUGACAGAGAGAAGAUACAUUGGCGUGAAGAUUCGCGGAGGAUAAGAUGGACAACCUUCGACAAUUUUGACCUUUUUAAAUACUCUUAUUAAGGCAUUAUUCUUCAUCCGCCGAUCCCCGUUUUGGCACCUUGGACCGCGCGUAAAGAGACGCGUCAACUUGGACACAUUUACGCCACCACAGCGCAGUUAUUUUUCCUCAUUUAUUUUUGUUUUGUUUUCUUUAAACAAAACGUCUGUGUUUUGGGCUACGCUGCUGUGUACCCUGAUUAUCUUCGGCACAUGUUCUAGCCCAUUUCGUAUAUGAGUUUUUCAAUUUGUGUGGCUCAGUGCACGGACUCUUUAGCGGUUCCGAUGGAUGAUCAAGCCCGGAUCAUGCAGUCGAUCGGCGGCGUCAGUUUGGCCGGCCACUCGGUACAAGGUGGCAUGGCCCUGCCGCCUCCACAUGGACACGACGGCACGGACGGGGACGGACGCAAACAAGACAUUGGCGACAUUCUUCAUCAAAUAAUGACCAUAACUGAUCAAAGUCUGGACGAGGCGCAAGCAAAGAAACAUGGACUCAACUGUCACAGAAUGAAACCAGCCCUUUUCAGCGUUCUCUGUGAAAUCAAAGAAAAGACAGGUCUCAGCAUCCGGGGCGCCCAAGAGGAGGACCCGCCGGACCCUCAACUCAUGCGUUUGGACAACAUGCUGCUGGCGGAGGGCGUGGCAGGACCAGAAAAGGGUGGCGGAUCUGCAGCCGCCGCAGCUGCAGCCGCUGCCUCGGGCGGGGCAGCUGACAAUUCCAUUGAACAUUCCGACUACAGAGCCAAACUCACCCAGAUUAGACAGAUCUACCACACAGAGCUGGAGAAAUAUGAACAGGCGUGUAACGAAUUCACAACCCAUGUGAUGAACCUGCUGCGGGAACAGUCUCGUACGCGGCCCAUCUCGCCCAAAGAGAUUGAGCGCAUGGUGGGAAUCAUCCACCGUAAAUUCAGCUCCAUCCAAAUGCAACUGAAACAAAGCACUUGCGAGGCUGUCAUGAUCCUGCGCUCCAGAUUCCUUGAUGCCAGGCGGAAAAGGAGAAACUUCAGCAAGCAGGCGACAGAAAUUUUGAACGAGUACUUCUACUCACACCUCAGCAACCCCUACCCAAGCGAGGAGGCGAAAGAAGAGCUGGCCAAGAAAUGCAGCAUCACAGUUUCCCAGGGGGUGGGAAGCACCAUCACGGUAUCUCAGGUAUCCAACUGGUUCGGCAACAAACGCAUCCGCUACAAGAAAAAUAUUGGCAAGUUUCAAGAGGAGGCCAACCUGUACGCCGCCAAGACUGCUGUCAAUGCAGCGCACGCCGCAGCCGCUGCAGUGCAGAACAGCCAGACCAACUCCCCUACUACACCUAACUCUGGAUUCCAGAUGAAAGAUGAGGAGUUUCAGCUGGAUUCUGCAGAGAGCAAAAACACUCUUUUAACCAACAUGUUUACUGGUUCUUCAGGUUCUUUUAACCUCCCAAACUCUGGGGACAUGUACUUGAGCAUGCAGAGUCUGAAUGGGGAUUCUUACCAAGGGGCACAAGUCGGAGCCAAUGUACAGUCACAGGUGGAUACCCUGCGCCAUGUUAUCAGUCAGACGGCAGGAUACAGUGAUGCUCUUGGCCGAAACACGAUGUACAGUCCACACAGUUUAAAUACUAAUGGGGGGUGGCAAGAUGCAACAACUCCGUCUUCAGUAAUAUCUGCGACAGAGGGACCCAGCAGUGUGCACUCGGAUACCUCCAAUUGAUCCACACUCCAAGCAUUUAAGCCUCAAGAUGGGCAAGGACUCUGAACUGGCUGCACAACUGCAGAGGACCUCCAAAACAUUUUUAUGCCACAUUUGGGUUUUUUAUGUUUUGUUUUGUUUUGGUGUAAUCUCCCACAACUACAUGCCACAUGUAAGGAUCUUUAUCAUGAAGAGUCAACUUUUCAUGAUUGUCUCAGUGUUUUCUUUGUAAAUCACGUGUUGUUGAAGGGUGAGCGCACAAACUGCAUGCGCAGAUAUCCAACAGCCUAUGAUAUUUGUCAAACGUUCAAUUUAUCCUCUGUAUUAAAAAUACAGGAUGGGUAUUUACAUGGCAUUUAAAAUGUCAAAUGUAUGUGAUUACUCUUUUAAUCCUAUUUUGAAGAUACUUUUUUUUUCUUAGUUUUCUUCUAAUAAAUGGAUUAAAACGGCCGUUAAUGUGACAGUAACCAUGCUACUGUUGACAGCUCCAUUGCAGCUUUGUGGUUACGUCCAAAAUCGAAUUUACAACUGUAUACAUAAGUACAAGCCAAUGAUAAUUCAUCUGUGGAAUAUAAAGAAGUGUAUUUGAUUGUGUUACCACAACAUGACACAUUCCCAUAUUUCAUCACGUGACGUUUGGUAUGUACAUAUGUAAACAUUUUGUACUGCUUGUGAAAGUCCCCCACAGUUGAUCAUAACUCGCAAGGCCCAGUGACACACAAACCUGUACAAAACAUAACUUGAGAGUACUUCAACUUCCCAACAAUCAAUACACAGCUUUAUUGCCUCAUUACAAUUCAUACCAACAAAGUCCACCAUUCCUGUAGCUUAGAGUGCUCACACACUACCUCUAAACAUCACGACCACAUUUUUUGCCCUACUUAUUUUUUAUUCUAUUACUUGUUUUGAUAACAUCUUGCAACACUAAACGUCCUCAUUCUCUAUGUAAUGUAAUGUAUAUUUUAAUCUUUUAAUAAAACUCUGUUGCUAUAUUGCAGCUUAAAACGACAAAAAAGUGAAUCUGAAAACUAAUACCAUGAAAAAUAGAAGAGCGAGUGCAUUGUUGGUCUGUGGCUUUUAUGAAGGGAGUGCGAUACAAUUGCGCUAAAUUAACAGUAAAACUGUUGUAAAUACUUAAAAAAAAACAUUUUGAAUGUUGAUCAUCUUAUUACUAAAUCAUACCCAAAAAACAAAUAAAAAAAAAAGAUCACUCUUAAGACUGUAAUGCAUAGAAAGUUUCAGUAUUCAGAACUGUAUAUUUCCAGCUCUGUUCAACAGGGUUCAAACUUCUUUUCUCUUUUUUCUAUUGUAUGUGAUUCUGAAACUGAGAAGUCAUGACAAAUGAUUUGUGGAAGUGAUUCAAAUGUAAUAAAAAUGUUUAGUGUUGCUUUCUAACAACGACGCCCUGGACUGAAAAGUCUUCCUUGUGGUAGUUGUGUAAUUUAAAACAAAUAAAACUUUUGCUUUGAUGA